UUCCUGUCGGACCUCAUUUUGUGUAACGCAGUGGUUCGCAGCUUGGAAUCUGACAGGAGAGCUGCAGGUUAUUGACGUGUUUUGUUUUGUUUCUGAAGUGCUUUUUAUUAUUGCCAUUAUUUUUUUAGUGUGGUGCAGACAGAAAUGGACGAACAGGGCUGUCCGAGAUGUAAAACAACCAAAUACAGAAACCCGUCGCUGAAGCUGAUGGUGAACGUCUGCGGCCACACGCUAUGCGAGAACUGCGUUGAGAUGCUGUUCGUUCGCGGCUCGAGCAACUGCGUGCAGUGCGACACGCCUUUGAGGAAGAGCAACUUCCGCGUGCAGCUCUUCGAGGACCCGACAGUAGAUAAGGAGGUGGAGAUUCGUAAGAAAGUGCUGAAGAUUUACAACAAGAGAGAUUUUGACUUCCCCAGCCUGAGAGAAUAUAACGAUUAUCUGGAGCAAGUGGAGGACAUAGUGUAUAACCUGACAAACAACGUUGACGUGGAGAACACCAAGCUGAGGAUGGAGCAGUACCAGAGAGAGAACAGAGAUGUCAUCCAGAGAAAUAAGGCCAAGCUUACACGGGAGCAGGAAGAGCUGGAGGAGCUUCUGUUGCAGGAACAGCAGAGCAAUGAGCAGCGGCGACUGGAGGUGCUGCAGGAGGAGCAGAGGCAACUACAGGCCAAGAGGAAGAACAAACAGGCUCUGCUGGACGAACUGGAGCAGUCUCAGCUUCCUGCCACCCUUUUACUCGCUCAACACAAAGUUCGCGCUGCCCAGCUUGAGACCCAGAUAGAGCAGCAGAAACAGGCUGUGAAGCCCACCAGUCUAUUUUCAACUGGAAUCCAUAUGCGGCAGACGGUGUCUCUCCAGCCUGUUACCAAGAUAGAGGAUGUUCUUUACCACUACAGACCCCUCCAAGUUGAAACCUAUGGACCCCCGGUGCCUGAACUGGAGCAGCUGGGCAGACUCGGGCUAAUCAAUAUGCAGAUGAAACGCAUCUCACAAUUUUUGCUGCAUGCUGGAGCUCAGUGGAAGGAGGAAAAGCAGCCCCACCUCCCCUAGUGUCAGCAGUUCAGGGGUCCAGGAGGACCGAUGCUGGAGAGGAAGGACUCUGCCACAGAGAUAAAUGAGGCUCUGUUCAGUUCAGUGAAGAACACAAGUCCCUUUGGUGCAGGCUGCAGGCAGCGACACAGACAGCCCCCUACAGACAAACCACAACUCCCAAGAUGCAAUGUGCUGUUAAGUAAAAGAAGGGAAUAGUGCUGACAUUUCUGUGCUGCUGGCAGUUUGUGAUUCAGCUAAGUUGGAGAUUUUGCGAUGUACAUAGACGAUCAAGCCUGUAUACACACGCGCCCACAGGGUGCCCCGUAAAUGUGCUGUAGGCUUUAUGUCACACACACUCACCUUUUGUUAUUGGAGUCCCGGCCUUUUGGUCACAGUGGAACUCUUGCGAUGUGGUAAAUAUUCACAAGUGUGCGUGCACAAGAGAGAGAAUGCAGACAGCGUUGAGAGAGUGAAAAGUGAGUCCCCUGUGUAGAGCGUUGGACUACAGCUCCAGUCCUAUGACCUGUGAAGGGAAUUUGCUUUAAUGUGUGACGAGAUGUGGAUGCGCCUGAGUGUGGAUGAGGUAGAAGGGCCUGUGAAGGGGGCAGGUACUUAUUUUAAAACACGGCUGUUUGUCUUGGUCAAGGCUCACUGUGACAGCAGUUCCACUGGUGAUUUGUCUUGGACACAGCCAUCAAGUAAAACUGGAGGAUCGAGCUCAUACACCCCACCCCCCUCCCUGGUGGCCCCGGGGCCUCCAGGGCUCGUCUUUUGCACAGGAUGUCCAGUCAACACAGGACUGAGUGGAGCCAUGCCUUUUUUUAUGUCAACUUGCUCUUUUCUUCUGCACCACAUACCCCCCACCCCCCUUCUGAGUGUCUGUCUUUUUCGUCUUGUCCCUUUGCCCCCCAAAAAAACCGCAGGAGCGCAGCACGCCUGCCAGGAAAAAGAAAAGCCACACCUCUUUCACCGUGUCUCCUUCUCUGUCAGCUGUACCUGAAUAAAUAUGAGUUGAAGUGGACUCUUAUAUUAAAGACAGCUGCCUGGUUAUAGGAUGCAUGUUCAGGGGCCUCCAAAAGUGCCCAUUCAGCUUCCACCUCAGCAUCUACCCUCUCCGCUCACACAUACAUAUCGCGCUCUACAAACGCUCCUGUCCUGACGUGCAUAGGUGUGUUUGAUUUGCCACGGAGGAUGUGACCCCCCACUGUGUGAGGUUUUCUAUAAUGGCAGUAUAGAGCUGCCCAUCUCUUUGACUGGCACAUACCCAGAGCUUUGCGUGAGCUGUCAGAGUUAUGAGUAGACUGUGAAUGUAACGCUACAGCCUGUACUCCAAAUGUCCUGCCAUGGCUCCUUGCUUUUAUGUUGAACAGUAAAAGCCUUUAAUAAACAAAAUCAAAGUAAAAGUAAAUACCGCUUUGGAGACACAAACAGUAACAUAUGAUGUUUACAUUGACAUGGCUGCGAUAUGAAUCCCAGCACACAGCACUGUGGGACUCGAGUAGUAGCUGUUAAACUCGUGUCGCCAGCUGACAGCCAUAACCUUCAAACAAAUGGAUACAUCACAAUACACAGCACCUCAAAGACACGUUUACAUUACACUUACAAUAAGUUUUUGUGCUUGAGCUCUUGGAGGCAAAUGCUGGGGGUUCCAAAAUAAAAAAAAUAUUCUAUUUUUGUUUUGCGUAUGUAGAUGAGCAUCUGGAUCUGAGUUUGUUCUCUACCAGAAUACUUUUUAAGCGCUGACUGUGCAGGCGAUGAAAGACUGACUGGGAUCUUGGACAAGGACAAAUCAUAUGGGGGGAAAAAUAGGGGAAAGAGAAAUUGGCUGCGGAGUGCUGAAAAAAUGUGACUCAAACCUCAAGUGCUGACAAUGAAAGCAAUCCAGAACAGUUGUUUGUGUUGGCACAGGGUGCCCUGAAAUUAGCCCAUCUUUCUCUGACAGAGGUUGCUCAAUGCGCUCCGCCAAAUGCCAGUGUGUAUAAUAUUUUGAAGUUUUGCCUCCUCCCCCACUCCGCAUUGCUUUCUAUAAUUGGUGGAAAAAGUGAGGUUUUUCUCUGGGAGUGCUUGUCAGGCGUCCGUCUCUUGUCGGUGGGGAGAAGGGGAGCAGCUGAAUGGACGGAGUGUUUAGUCUAGCGCUCCUCUCCUGGGGAUGCACUUCUCUGCACAAGGAAGCAGUCCAAGGACCACUCUGUCUGAAGGGUUAAAUAGGCUUAGGUAGUUUGCUGUGACCUUCAUUCAUUAACGAAGACAAUCAGUCAGUUUUGUCUCCUGAACACUCAAGUUUGAAGUAGAUCAAUGUUCUCAUGGACAUACAGUUGCAGGAAGAAGUUCGAGCCUCUUUUGAAAUUGCCAGGAUUUCUAAAUUAGCAGCUAAUAAAAUGUAUCCCGAUCCCCACCAAAGUCACAAUUACAGACAAUUUGAUUAAACUAAUAACACUCAAAGCCUUUUUCAGACAUGCGAUACGUAGCUUUGGUGGCUUCUCCGAGCAUUUGAAGUUAAUAUGCAUGACCGCUUCAGUAACACAGAGAGAGCCAUGAUACAUGAGCAGUAUUCACUACACACACUAGAUGUACCCCAGCUUUUACAGGGUCACUGUUGUGCUAGCCACUGUAGAUAAUAGUCCUGCACUAGUUCAUCCAAAUCUUAUGCUUGUUGACUAAUCAGACUUUAUAUCUGACCUAUUAAGACUUCUAAAGUAUCCAUCAGGCACGCAUGAUUCUAAAUUGACUCUGGCAGAUAAAUUGCUUAAGUCUAUUUUAAAAAGCGCUAUAUGAAUGUAUGGAUAAUAGUAGCUUGUAAGUCACACUUGAGUUAUACUUUUCAUAUGUUUACUGAAAACAUUAAGUAAUCACUUAGUGUGUGGGUUAUAAAAAGUAAGUAAACCUUUUGAACAUAAUAGCAUGUAACACCUCACUUAGGAGCCUCUGUCAGGAAUUUCCUGUAGCACAAGCGUAUUUUGCACCGUUCCUCCCUCUAAAACUGUUUCAGUUCAUCAACAUUUCUAGGAAUUCUUCCUCAGACCACCCCCCCUUCAGGUUUAACCACGUUUUCUUUUUUCUUGGCUUGUGUGCUUUGGUUCAUCGUUGUCGUGUUGCGUUUACCAACCUGGCUGCUGCCCUGACGUUCUCCUCUAAAACUUUUGUGAUUCAGUUUUGAAUUCAUUUUUCCCUCAGUGAUUGCAAAAGGUUUAGACUCCAAGGUAACAAAGAGAUAAAACUCGAUGCUCCUUCCAACGUGCGGAAAUAGUUUGGUGCAUUUUUAUUUUUUCAAAGCAGAUUAAUGUCUGUCACACCAGUACAUUGUCCCAUGAGUACUGUGGAGUAUCUGGGUGGUCUGUGCUGCUCUAA